UCUUUGGACCUGCGGCAGACACUGUAGCUGUAGAGCUGACUGAUCAAAGUGCACUUAUUUUAAAUCACAUACAAGUCUCAUAUAAGCUGGAGUCAGCCUGCCGGGAGAAUGGAUUUCGCAGCAUUCUUUACUAGGAGAACAGUACAGUCUUCCCCAAGACUCUCCCACAAUAUUGCACUAAUGGAGGCUCAUACCACUCCCAAACCGCACUCUCGGAAGAGAAGAAAAGAUGCCACAGGACCCAACGGGACAGCAGAUGAGGAUUCCGUGCCUACAAAAAUGCCCCGCCAAACGCAGGGUGUUUCUCAGCCUGCACCUUUUUCUGAUGAGUUGGAGAUUGACCUCAGUAAGCUGUAUCAUAGAGUAACCAUGGAAGAAGCAAAGAGAGGAACACCACCUGACAGGCCAGUGAGAGUUUACGCUGAUGGGAUCUUCGACCUGUUCCACUCCGGACAUGCCCGGGCUUUAAUGCAAGCAAAGAACCUUUUUCCUAACACAUACCUGAUUGUAGGAGUUUGCAGUGAUGAACUAACGCACAACCUGAAGGGAUUCACAGUGAUGAACGAGGCAGAGCGAUAUGAUGCGGUCCAGCACUGCCGCUAUGUGGAUGAGGUUGUGAGGAACGCACCAUGGACACUCUCCCCAAAAUUCUUAGACGAGCACAGGAUUGACUUUGUUGCGCAUGAUGAUAUUCCUUAUUCAUCUGCUGGCAGUGAUGAUGUCUACAAGCACAUAAAAGAGGCAGGAAUGUUUGCACCCACCCAACGCACUGAAGGAAUUUCUACAUCGGACAUUAUAACCAGAAUUGUACGAGAUUAUGACGUUUAUGUCCGCCGUAAUCUGCAGCGAGGGUACACCGCCAAGGAGCUCAAUGUCAGCUUCAUCAAUGAAAAGCGUUUCAACCUGCAGGAGCGAGUGGACAAGGUAAAGAAGAAGGUAAAGGACGUAGAGGAGAAAUCAAAGGAGUUUGUGCAAAAAGUGGAGGAGAAAAGUAUAGACCUUAUCCAGAAGUGGGAAGAGAAGUCACGAGAGUUCAUCGGAAACUUCCUGGAGAUGUUUGGCCCGGAGGGAGCUUUGAAACACAUGUUGAAAGAAGGCAAGGGCAGAAUGCUCCAGGCCAUUAGCCCAAAGCAGAGUCCAAGCAGUAGUCCUACGCGUGAACGUUCACCCUCCCCAUCCUUCCGUUGGCCCUUCUCCGCUAAGAAUUCUCCACCUGCUUCUCCUGGGAGACGUUCACGUGCCAUAACCGGUGCCUAUGACAUCAGUGAAGAUGAAGAAGACUAGGAGACCUUCUUAACCAUUUUCUCUCCGUUUUAGAUGCUGAUUCCAUGUUCAUGAGAUCUAAGAAAACAGCCACAUGGUUAUGAAAACUGCAUUCAGUCUAAACUCCAGGCAUCAAAAAUCUUGAGCAGGAGUGUACUUACUACAAAUGUCCUCAGUAUAUAUUUUCUGCAUCUUUUAAAAGACAUUGCUCCCUUUUUAACAAACUUUUUGUGCUCAAAACAAUAAUUCUGUCAGAUUUAAUUAUGUUUAAUGGAGAAGUUUUAUCAGACAAGGCCAACCUUGCCUCAUGUUUGUAACGGUUGUCCUCUGCUAUUAAGCCACUUCCUUGCACAUUUCUUCAGCUGUGAGUCCCCUCUUCGAAGGGCAGUAGAGCGUUCUCUUCAAGAAGGGAGAGUUCUAGAACUGGAGGUUAUCCAGAGAGGUUUUUUGAACUUGUCUAGGCUGGAGGCAUUGAUUUAAGUCCACCACUGAACAGAGAUUAUGGGGGUAGUGACCAGCGGAAGAAUUUAACUGUAUUUAAUUAACCCCUUUGGAGUCUAGCCAUUACUCAUUAAAAGUGCCUGUUGUCAUAAGUUA